UCUAGUGUCGCACCACUAACCAAACAACCUUUUUACCUUUUUACUAAAAUUCCCACAUCUUAUCGCACUUCGCUUGAAUCUACAACAAUUUUCCAUUAUCUUGAUUUUUUUAAUUUUCUACUUUAUAUUUGAACCGAAAAUGGUGGUUACUCGCAGUGCAGCCAGGAUGAAGCAGAACCAACUGGUGACUUUAUCUGACCAGAACAUCGUAGCAGAAUCUUCGAGGACCAAAGAACCUCCUGCGCCCAAAGAGAAUAUAAAGAAAAUUCCGGCUGCACGUCAGUGUGGCAAUGUGGCUGCAAAUCUUCUGGAGGAACAAGCAUCUAAUGAAAUUAAUGAAGAAGGAUCUUCUGCGCCCAAAAAGAAUAUAAAGAAAAUUCCGGCUGCACGUCAGUGUGGCAAUGUGGCUGCAAAUCUUCUAGAGGCACAAGAAUCUAAUGAAAAUGAAAAAACAGGCACAAAAAAGAAGGAUGGAAAGCAACUGGACUCCAAAUUGAGUUCCACAGUCCAAAGUCCAGAAGCGGAGAGGUCCAAAGAAACUCCAGCGCCCAAGAAGAAUGUGAAAAAAACGCCGGCUGCACUUCAGUGCGUCGACGCGGCUGCAAAUCUCCUGGCGGAACAAUCAUCUAAUGAAAUGAAUGAAGAAGGACCCUCUGCGCCCAAGAAGAAUGUGAAGAAAGUGCCGGCUGCACGUCAGUGUGUCAAGGUGACUGCAAAUCUUCUGGAGGAACAAGCAUCUAAUGAAAAUGAAAAAACAGGAACAAAAAGGAAGGACAAAAAGGAACAACUGGACUCCAAAUUGAGUUCCACAGUCCAAAGUCCAAAAUCAGCGAGGUCCAAAGAAUCUCCAAGGUCCAAAGAAACUCCUGCGCCCAAGAAGAAUGUGAAAAAAACGCCGGCUGCACUUCAGUGCGUCGACGCGGCUGCAAAUAUCCUGGCGGAACAAUCAUCUAAUGAAAUGAAUGAGGAAGGACCCUCUGCGCCCAAGAAGAAUGUGAAGAAAGUGCCGGCUGCACGUCAGUGUGUCAAGGUGGCUGCAAAUCUUCUAGAGGCACAAGAAUCUAAUGAAAAUGAAAAAACAGGCACAAAAAAGAAGGUCGAAAAACUACCGUCAUCAAAAAUGAGUUCCACAAGUCCAGAAGCAGCGACCAAAGAUAAUGCAAAUCCAAAUAUGAAACCAAGCCUAAAGAAGUCGACAAAGAAGCAAAAGUCUCAAAAAGCUGGAAAAGAUAAAAUCGAAAAUGAAGCCAAAUAAGUUGUAUCACGUUGCGUUAAUUGUUCUUGUUUUUGAGUUAAGUUUCAAAAUUGAUGUUAGUUAAACAGUUCCUUUUCUAAGCAAAAA